UUCCCGGGAGUCUCCUGAACUCUCACUGUUUUAGCCUUUGAAACUGCAUUUUUAGUCUUCAUUUCGACCGAUUCCUCUGGAUUUACUCUAAUGAUGGAAUAAGAAGUAAUCAUGGUGGUGAAUUCAGUGCACUGGUUUCGCAAAUGUAUGCGUUUGCACGAUAAUCCUGCGUUGCAAGAGGCCCUGACUGGAGCAGACACAGUGCGUUGUGUUUAUAUCCUGGACCCGUGGUUCGCUGGCGCAGCUAACGUGGGAAUCAACCGAUGGAGGUUUCUGCUGGAGGCUCUGAAGGACUUGGACAGCAGUUUGAAGAAGCUCAACUCCAGGUUGUUUGUAGUCAGAGGGCAGCCCACUGAUGUUUUCCCCAGGCUUUUUAAGGAGUGGAAAGUGACCCGGCUCUCAUUUGAAUACGACCCAGAGCCUUACGGGAAGGAGAGGGAUGGAGCCAUCAUCAAGAUGGCCCAGGAGUUUGGAGUGGAGACCAUUAUCAGAAACUCACACACCCUCUACAACCUGGAUAGGAUAAUCGAGAUGAACAACAACAGUCCUCCGCUCACCUUUAAGCGUUUUCAGACCAUUGUCAGCAGAAUGGAGUUGCCCAGGAGACCCCUGCCUCCCAUCACCCAGCAGCAGAUGGACAAAUGUCACACCAAAAUAGCUGACAACCAUGACCAGCUAUACAGUAUACCUUCACUGGAAGAACUAGGUUUCAGGACGCAGGGUUUACCUCCAGCUGUGUGGAGAGGAGGAGAGUCAGAGGCCUUGGACAGACUCAACAAACAUCUGGACAAAAAGGUGUGGGUGGCAAACUUUGAGCAUCCUCGGGGCAGCACGUGCUCUCUGUACGCCAGUCCUACCGGCCUCAGCCCGUACCUGCGCUUCGGCUGUCUGUCCUGUAGGGUUCUCUACUACAACCUGAGAGAACUCUACAUGAAGCUCCGUAAGCGCUGCAGUCCACCUCUGUCUCUGUUCGGCCAGCUGUUAUGGAGGGAGUUCUUCUACACCGCCGCCACCAACAACCCAAACUUUGACCGCAUGGAAGCAAACCCCAUCUGUGUCCAGAUCCCAUGGGACCAGAACCCCGAGGCGCUGGCCAAGUGGGCUGAGGGUCGGACCGGUUUCCCCUGGAUCGACGCUAUCAUGACCCAGCUGAGACAGGAGGGCUGGAUCCACCACCUGGCCAGACACGCUGUGGCCUGUUUCCUCACCAGGGGAGACCUGUGGAUCAGCUGGGAGAGCGGCAUGAGGGUAUUUGAGGAGCUGCUGCUGGAUGCUGAUUGGAGUGUAAAUGCUGGCAGCUGGAUGUGGCUGUCCUGCAGUGCCUUCUUCCAACAGUUCUUCCACUGCUACUGUCCUGUCGGCUUUGGAAGGAGAACUGACCCUUCAGGAGACUACAUCAGGCGUUACAUCCCCAUCUUGAAAGACUACCCAAACCGCUACAUCUAUGAGCCCUGGAAUGCACCAGAGGCAGUCCAGAAGGCAGCCAACUGUGUGGUGGGAGUGGAUUAUCCCAAACCAAUGAUCAACCACGCUGAGGGCAGCAGGCUCAACAUUGAGAGGAUGAAACAAGUUUACCAGCAACUCUCUCAUUACAGAGGACUCAGUCUACUUGCGUCAGUACCAACGAUCCAGGAGGAAGCAGAGCCACCAAUGACUGAUGAGUCCCAGACUAGCAGUGGACCUGACUCUCCUUGCAGAGGUGCAGCAGACAGUGAAGACAUUGGCUGCUAUACUGCUCCUGAUUCAUCCACAGUCUGUGCAUCCUCCAACACUGCCCCACAUCCAGGUCUGGAGGAUGCAGCAAGCAGUCACACACCCCAAACAGCCUGCACCUCCUCAGGCUCACACACACAUCACCCUGCAGCUAUAACCUCUACGUCUGCAGGCCACCCACCAGUCGCAGCAGCUCUUCCCUCCCCAGCCUCGACACCAGCCCAGAGCCCUCUGUCCAGAUCCAAGCCCUCUUCCCCUUCCUCCUCAUGUCCCACCAUGUCAUCCUCCUCCAGUCCAGCCACGAGCCUGACUCAGACCUGUCUGGGGCCGAGGAGGAAAAGCCUCACCCGCAAGGCGCGGCGAAGCCAGAGGCAGCGAGGGCGACAGAGCUGCACUUCAGCUGCCAGGGAAGGAGAGAGGAGAGCCGAGGAGGAGGAGAGGGAGGAAGCAGGAGGGGAGGAGAGAAUGGAGGAGGACGUUGAGCAAGAUGAGGAGAGGAUGGAGGAGGAGACUUGUGGAGACUUGGCAAGACAUCAGCAGUGAUAAGAGGAGGAGUUGGAGAGAACGCUUUUCUAACAUCCAUCCUGGACUACUAGACACAUAAAGGAACAGAGUUCUGGAUAUGUGGACAACAUAAAUAUAUAUAUAUAUAGAAGCAUGUAUACAACACAUGUGGAAGCAGUACAAAAGCCUUUUACUCACAUUUACUCAAAUCAGAAAAAAUGGGAAAUAGACAGGCAUUAUAAGAGUAAUUCAAUGCAAAUAAAUUAACCAGUCUGACAUUUUAUCACAGAAGCAGUCCAGAUAGACUAAAUGAUUCAAAAUCAUCUUCAUUUUUGAAAAUAUUUAAGACGAGUAAUUCUCUCAUGUACCGUUCCACCUCUUAGGCGCGCACACACAUACACACACACUGCUACUAAAGAGCAACAUAAUACACUGUAGCUCUUACACACCUUACCCACAUUGAAUCCAUACAGCAUAGUGUGGCUGUUAGCAAUAGCACGUCUCUGCUUGUCCUCCUGCUUCUACGACUAUGGUGUCCAUAGAAACAAGGUACUACAGGGAGCCUUAACGUCACCUGCCAAAACACACUGUCCUGUCUCCACACACAGACUCUCACUAUCAUCUGUCACUCUUUGUUCCAGGGAAGGGAACUCUUCAGAAAGUCCUUUGAUAAAGCAGUGUAUUUUGACUUUUUGUAGUAAUGAUUUUGUAUACCUGUGGUUUAUGACUUUGGAUAUGUUUUGAGUGACAACAGAAUAGAGUGACCGACUGACCAACUCAGUGUGGACCCUGAUCAGGCCAAAGACUGACUUUCACCCUGAUUUUGAGGUGGGCAAGAGCACUACUAGAGCUUUAGACAGAUUAACUUACCUUCAGAGAACUGUGUUAAACUUCACUUUAUGGUGUAGCUCUUUUCAAUGUACAGCUUUAGGAGGAACUCAUUUAUAUUGAGAUGGGAGAAUUCUCUUGUUUAUGACUUCUGAAAAAAAAAAGGAAGUGGAGGGUUUUACUGUCCUUAUGACCCUGAUGUUUUUGUUAGACGUUUCCCUGAUGUAACCAAGUUACAACAUAAAAGAACACUACGAUCGAAACUGUACAUGUUAAUAUGUAAAUGCCCAAUAUGAAUGUUUUUGGAAAUGAUCUGAUAUUUUUGCUAGGAGCAAGGAUAAUAAUUAGUGGAACAUUUUUAUAGUCCAAACCCCUGUCUGUUUGAGGAUCACACAUCUAUGGAGGUAUAGCCAAUUACUAAUGGAAACCAUGUCAAUGAGGAGGCCAAGAAUAGCUUUUAUCUGAACAUUUUCACAUAUGUGUUUGUAUGUGAACAUAUAUGAGACAAAUGGAUUUAGAUACUGUAGAUGUGGCACAGGGGGGUGGGGGUAAAUGAAGAAAAGUCCACGAGACUGAAAUUUGUGCAUUUGCCAUAUUUUUUGUGUGGCUAUUAAAAAUGCUGCUUUUGUGGAAUGAAUGUAGAGAAAAAACUGGCGUGUUGUUCUCCCCAUAUAUUUAUCAGAGUUUGUAUAUAAAAUAUGUAAAACCAUAACCUGUCUGUUUUACUAAUGGUCUGAUAGGGGAGGGGGAGGGGGGGGUUUCACAAAAGGCUUGUUUUUCUGCCUGGAUGUUUCUUACCCAAGGCAGCCACUAGAGGGCAGCAGAUACAGCAAAAACUAUUAAGUUGGUAAGUUUGUUGGAAAUAUUCCACUUUCAUAAAACUCUAAACUCUGUUAAAUUGAAAUAAGCACCUUAUUAUUUCUUAGAGUCAAAGAUGACAUCUUCAGUGUCCAACCAACAGUACAAAAAACAAAGAUAUUCAGUUUACUAUCAUAUAAAAGAGAAAAGCUGGAACCAGUAAUUUUUCAGAGGCAUUAUUACCUGAAAAAUUCCCUAAACAAUUGUUUGAUUAUCAAAAUAGUUGCAGAUGAAUUUUCUGUUGACAUCAUUAUUCCAUGGUGUCAUUUCAGAAGUUCUACCAAUGAAUUUAACGAUUACUGUUACGUAAAUUCAAAUAAAACUGUCUUAAUUCAACAAUAUUUAUAUUCUUUAUUAAACCAAUAGUCAGAAACAUUAGCUGGCAGUAGAUUAUAGUGAUUUCAUACUUUUGGAAUACAAGUAGUUGCUCGAAUUCCUAUUAAGGUUCCAAACAUGAAUCAAACCAGCGAGGUCAGAUUAUUCCUGGAGUAAACACAUUUUACUUUGAAAGUGUUCUAAUAAUAGAAUUCAGAUCAGAGGCUUGUUAUAGUGACAAUCACUGAGGCAGUUUCAUCCUCUCAACUUUUGUUUCAACCUCAACCUUUGACUCGCUUCAAACCAAAAGCAAACGCCAAGAAACAACAGAAAUCAGAUUUUUAUAGCCUGGUUUUGUGAAACCCCCUGAGUGUGGAUGGGUUGGAGUUUCCGAGGAGAGGGAUGAUAGAUUGUUAUGAGACAAACUUCACAGCCUGAGCAGGUGUCAUACUGUUAGUGGUCAAGACGAGUGGGAACUAUGAAGUGUGCAUCCUCAAAGGUAAAACUACAAAUCUGAGAUGAUUUGCUGACCACUGAGCUUGUAUUCAGCUACUCCUCAGUCAAAGUUCACAGUUCCCACUUACUCUGAACACAACACAAUGCUUGUAUUUUGCUGUACAUUCCAACUAACACCAGUGUAAUGCUCUUCAGGGCUGGAGGUCUGUCUAAGGACUGUGGGCUACAUGGCUAUUUAUUUGUUUUGUAUUGUACAAAAAGAGUUUAUUUUCAUUAAAAUUGCUGAUGGAAUUGUGAUUGACAG